AUGGAAGCCGCAGCCGAAGAUACUCAGUUUGUAGUUGACGAAGUCAGCACCAUUAUCAAAGAAGUUGUAGAAAGUACCAUAGGUGGAAAUGCAUAUCAUCAAAAUAAAGUUAAUCAGUGGACAUCAACGGUUGUAGAGUCUUGUUUAAACACUUUAGCCAAAUUGCAGAAGCCCUAUAAAUAUAUUGUUUCAUGUACUAUUAUGCAAAAAACAGGAGCUGCAUUACACACAGCAAGUUCUUGUUACUGGGAUAACAAUACUGAUGGAAGUUGUACUGUUCGUUGGGAAAACAAAACCAUGUAUUGUAUUGUAUCAGUUUAUGGCCUUGCUAUUUAA